AUGGAGCGCCCAGCCUGGAUCGCCAGGCAGCUCGCCUCCAAGAUCCAGUCACGGGCCUACGCAACACACGGGCUCGAAAUCCCGGCAAAGAAGCUCAAGUAUGUGCCCAAGACGGGCACUUUCCCGCUGGGCUUCCGCGUGGCCGCCGUCAACGUCGGCGUCAAGCCCGCCAACACCACCAAGCCUGACCUGGCCCUGAUCACCUCCGACGCACCCUGCGCCGCCGCCGCCGUCUUCACCAAGAACAAGUUCCAGGCCGCCCCCGUCACUUUCAGCCGCGACCUGCUCGCCCGCACCGGCAACCGCGUCCGCAACGUCGUCAUCAACUCGGGCUGCGCAAAUGCCGUCACUGGAAAGGGCGGCCUCGAGGAUGCUGCCGCCAUGUCCCGCCACACCGACCAAGUCACCGGUGCCUCCGACUCCACCAUUGUCAUGAGCACCGGUGUCAUCGGGCAGAGGCUCCCCAUAGACAAGAUCACAGGCGGCAUCCCAAAGUCCCACGCCGCCCUGGGCUCCACCUUUGACCACUGGCUGACCACCGCCAUCGCCAUCUGCACCACCGACACCUUCCCCAAGCUCAUCUCGCGCGAGUUCACCCUGCCCUCUGACCCAUCCAGGACCUACCGCAUCGCCGGCAUGACCAAGGGCGCCGGCAUGAUCCACCCCAACAUGGCCACCCUGCUGGGCAUCAUAGCCACCGACGCCCCCGUCUCGCCCUCCCUGACCCCGUCCCUGCUCCGCUCCGCCGUCGACUCUUCCUUCAACUCCAUCACCAUCGACGGCGACACCUCCACCAACGACACCGUCGCCCUGCUAGCCAACGGCGCCGCCGGCGGCCGCGAGGUCGCCGAUGACAAAGGGGCCGAUUACGCUGCCCUCGCGGGCGCGGUCCGCGACCUAGCCACCGACCUCGCCCAGCUCGUCGUCCGCGACGGCGAGGGCGCCACCAAGUUCGUCACCGUGCAGGUCACCGAGUCCCGCUCCGAGGCCGCCGCCCGCAAGGUCGCCAGCACCAUCGCCCGCUCGCCCCUGGUCAAGACGGCCCUGUACGGCCGCGACGCCAACUGGGGCCGCAUCUUGUGCGCCACCGGCUACUCGCUGCUGUCGGAGCCCGGGUCCGCCUCGGCCGCCGCCGACGAGGCUGCCGACGCGGUCGUCGUCCCCGAGAAGACCAACGUUUCCUUCAUCCCCACCGACGGGUCCGCCGAGCUGAGGCUGCUCGUCAACGGCGAGCCUGAGGCUGUUGACGAGGCCCGCGCCUCCGAGAUCCUUCAGGCUGAGGACCUGCACAUCCUUGUCAGGCUGGGCACCGGGGACAAGGAGGCUAAGUACUGGACUUGUGACUACAGCCAUGAGUAUAUCACGAUCAACGGUGACUAUCGUACAUAG